AUGCCCGUCUGCACCGACUGUGGUGGCACAGUUAUAGAGUACGAUGCAGCAGCCGGUAACGGCUUUUGUGUCCAAUGCGGCACCGUUAUCGAGGAGAACACCAUCGUCAAUGAGGUUUCUUUUGGUGAGACAUCCACUGGCGCCGCUAUGGUGCAGGGAGCCUUUGUUGGACAGGGAGCAACACAUGCAAGAAUGGGUGGCCCGUUCGGCAAUAGAGGCAACUCAGAAUCAAGGGAACAGACCAUUGCGAAUGCGAACCGCAGAAUUUCCCAAAUCGCAUCCAAUUUACAUCUCUCCGAAACGGUAUCUAUGUCGGCGAGCCGCCUUUACAGCCUCGCUGUGGAACACAAAUUCACUAAAGGAAGAAAGGCAAUGAAUGUUGUCGCGGUCUGCCUUUAUGUGGCGUGCCGUCAGAAAGGGACGCGCUCCCUGAUGCUCAUCGACUUUUCUGAUCUCUUACAGGUCAAUGUUUUUGAGCUUGGACAUACCUACCUCCAACUUGUCCAAACACUCAAUCUACGCCUACCUCUCGUCGACCCAUCCCACUACAUCUCCCGCUUCGCUGCUCUUCUCGAGUUCGGCGACGAAACCUCUCGCGUCGCCACCGACGCUGUCCGCCUCGUCCAACGCUUUGACCGCGACUGGAUGACCAAGGGCCGAAGACCCGCUGGAAUUUGUGGGGCCUGUCUUCUUCUUGCUGCCCGAAUGAACAACUUCCGACGGAGUAUAGAGGAGAUUGUGCAGGUGGUGAAGAUCGCCGAUACGACGUUGAAGAAGCGACUGGAUGAGUUCAAGAGGACAAGGAGUGCGAAUUUGACUAUUGGGGAUUUCAGGACGGUGUGGUUGGAAGAGGAGAUGGAUCCGCCGGCGUUCUAUAAGGAUAAGGAGGGCGAGGAAGGGGGUGAUGAGGAAGAGUACGAGGAUGGAGAGACGGGGAAGAAGCGGAAGAAGAAGGGUAAGGGGAAGAAAGGAAAGAGAGGGAGGAAGCGGAAGAAGGUCGACAGUGAAGACGAGGAAAUGGAGGAUGCUGAAAUGUUGGAGAAGCAGCCUGGUACGGACCCUUCGCAGGAGCAGGUCGAGUUACGGCUGCAGCCGUCCCAGGACGUGAACAUUCCAAUCGACCCCGCACUGUUCAAUACAGGUAUUCUGGAGGGUAUCUCGCCUCAUGCGGAUCCUCUUUUCCUCUCAGAGACUCAAUCAAGCCGUCCCCAAGUUCUGGAUGAUUCGAAUAUCGACCCUGCUCUGCUAGAUCAAUCUGCUGCCAUGUCAUCGCCACCGCCACCCGUUCACAAUCCACCACCACUCGCCCCCGGUCAACAAUCCGAGAUAGACACGGAAAAAACUGACGACGUCACUUUUUCGAUUCCCUCAGAAGAAACCGAUAAAGAACAAGAUUUUGCCGGUGCACCGCCACCCCCUGAGGACACCGCACUCGAAGCAGCCCUGGACGAGACUUUGGUGAACGAAGUCUCCAAUUUCUUGAUGAACAAACAGGGCACGGAAAUGAAUGACGCUCUGACGGAGAUGACGGAGCGUCAGACGGCCGGGUUCACUGUUGUGGAUGAAUUAUUAGGACUGGAUGAGGACGAGUUGGAUAAGUUUCUUUUGACUGACGAGGAGGUGAAGAUUAAGGAGAGAGUAUGGGUCGAGAUGAAUAAAGAAUAUCUGGAGGCGAUUGCUCUGAAAGCAGAGCAACGAGACAAUGGUUCUACCUCCAAACCACGCAAGAAACGGAAAACCAACUCGAAGCCUCGUGACGCGUCCACACCUCACGGAAAUACGGCAGCCGAAUCGGUCCGCAGUCUGUUAAAGCAGCCAAAGUACAGCAAACGAAUCAAUUACAACGCUCUCAAGGACCUGUUCGGUGGCCCGAAUGCUACGUCUGGUGCUGGCGACGAGAAAGACGAUGAUCACCAGUUGUACACCAUGGACGAUGAUAAGGAUGACGAGGUAGUGGACGAGGCGGGUGGAGGAGUUGGUACGGGGACCGGGCAGUAUGGAGAGGGUGGGAGUGAUAAAGAGGACGAUUAUGGGUGGGAAGAGGGGUUCGAGCAGGAAGUAUAA